CCUGAGAACAUGACUUGCAACUUCAAAGUUGCAGCCUUUUCAGUCGUCCGAUUUCUCCUGUUUGUCGUGCUGUGGGAACUAGUCUUCCCGUACUAAGUUAUUUCGCCGCUUCGCUUCCGUCGCCUCAGCGGUGCUGUAUUUUACGCGUUAUUCGACUGACAAGAUGACAGCCGCUCGACGGAUUCUGUUUGGUCGACGUAUUCCGUCAGCUGAACGGUUUCUGUUACUGGCUUUCGCUAUUGCUCUUCUACACGCUGGGAGCACGGCAGCGGACGAGCGCAUUCACCACCGCGACGCUCUUUCCCGUGCCAUCAUCGACGCCUUCCCCGACCUCCCCACUCUUAUCGAUUUCGGCUUCCCCGACCAUCUCUGCGGCACCUGGCACCACAACUACACCCGCAUGCACCAGCAAAUCCGGGCAGCUAGCAAAAAUCCCUCCUCCGCCCCUCCGCCCGACACCCCGCCCGUGAAAUUCCUCACCUUCGACGGGCUCCAGCACUGUGACAGCCUCGGUGAAACCCUCAUGGGGCUGACGUCAGCGUUCACUGUAGCGCUCCUCACUAAGAGAGCCUUCGUUAUAAAGCACCCGUGCAUCCCUAUGGCUUUCGAACCGGCUCUAAUCGACUGGCAGCCGACUGAAGACGUGGGGUUCGAGCCGGUCAGAAACGAAACUUUUCCGCUGGACCCUCCUAAUCGGGCUGUCUCGCCGCCCAUAGGAGCGAGCGACAUAGUGGAGGUUAAUCUGGAGUUAAACCCCGAGGCGAACCCGGAAAAGGUGUUCCCGAUGGUGGAAGCUGCGAGGAACCUUCGUGUGGUGUGGAACAGGGAGCUGCUAGUGCACAUGCUCAAGGGGUCGAACGGGUCGGUGUGGGGGCAGAGGCUCAGAGACAUGGGCGUCAGGAUCCCUUACGCUUUCGGCUGCUUUGUGCGAUACCUGCUCAGGCCCAAGCCGGAGAUUUGGCACCGCAUGCAGCCGUUUGAGAAGCACCUGAGGGGCGACCGGGUGGUGAGCAUCGGCAUGCACGUGCGGCAGUUUGGGCGGGGCGCUCCCCCGGCCAACACGACCGUCAGCGCGGAUGACCUGGAGAAGGGGAUGAAUGACGUGGUGUGGCCCGCCAUUGAGUGCGCCAGGAAUCUGGAGAACUGGUGGUAUCCGCCCACGCUCAGUGUCAAGUGGCUGGUCAUUAGCGAUUCGCUGCAGCUGAAGCAGGAGGCGACUAAAGUGAACGAUUCCAAGGUCGUGAUCACUGAAUUCACCCCCUGGGUGCCCAAUUCUCUCCUCAGCACCGAUCAGAGCCCCCCGCCCCCACCAGAGUCCGCGGCCCCUCCCUCUUCCGCUCCCCCCCAAGUUCCCAUCCCCCCUGCUCAAACCUUCCAAGAGACUGUCACCGAGUGGCUGCUGCUCUCCUCCUGCAACUCGUUUAUCGUUUCUUCCUCCGCCUUUGGUCGCACGGCUGCCAUGUACUCAAUGCACCCCAUGAGUAUCUACACGCCGCAGUCGUGCGAGCCGCAGACUCCAGUUAGGGUCAGCAGCUUUGGGGAGGGGUCAAAACGCCAGUUCUGAAUCUGGUUGUAUUAGAAACGCCUUGUGGGUGGUGGGUGGUCUUGACCCGCCUUUGGUCACACGGCUGCCAUGUACUCAAUGCACCCCAUGAGCAUCUACACCGCACAGUCGUGCGAGCCGCAGACUCCAGUUAGGGUUAGCAGUUUCGGAGAGGGGUCAAAGCGCCGAAUCUGAGGCACUUGGGGGUUAAAUCUUGGGUGUUGUGGCGAGCAUCUACACGCCGCAGUCUUGUGAACCGCAGACUCCAGUUACAGUUAGCAGCUUCGGGGAAGGGUCAAAGCGGCUGUUCUGAGGUGCGUGGUAAAGUUACACUGCAGCCUUUGGUCGCACGGCUGCCAUGUACUCAAUGCACCCCAUGAGCAUCCGCCACACCGCACAGUCGUGCGUGCGAGCCACAGACUCUGGGGUCAGGGAUAGCAGCUUUGGAGAGGGGUCCAAUCCCAGCGGAAGUUCUGAGGCAUGUAGGGGUUGGCUUUUGAGUCGACUCAAAAGUCUCUCCGGUUAGGGUUAGCAAGCAGCUUUGGAGAGGGGUCCAAUCCAAGCGGAAGUUCUGAGGCAUGUAGGGGUUGGAGGUUGCGAAAUUGCCAUGCACUCCAUGCACCCCAUGUGCAUCUACACUACAUUGCAUUAUGUUUGUCUCUGGCGCAUCUCAUCCCAUGGAUAACACGUGCAACACAUGUAUUGUCAAGUGGUCUUGCAUUAAUGUAAAACUUAUUGUCAAGAUUAUAUAAGUUA